AUGCACAAGCCCAUGGAGAAGUCCCAAAACUUCCGCAUUGAGGCGCUCCUGGCUGAUGAGCCGUCGCGGAGCGCUUCGCCGCCGGCGCUGAGCACCCGGAGCCCCGCAGCGAGCCCCGGCCCCGCCGGGCGCUGCGACACUCCCUCGCCUCGAGUACCCUCGGCCGCCGCGCCCCUCGCCCCGGCCGGUUUCGUUCCCAAACCCAGUUUGUUGCACCUCCCCGGCCCCGGGCUCGGUACCUUGCCUGCUCUCUACCCGCCCGCCAUGUACCCGCUCCCGGCCCUGGGGGGACAGCACCCCGCUUUCGCUUACACCGGCAUCCCCCACCUGCCGGCGCCCGGCGCGGAGCACCUGAAGGCGGCCGUGGCCAGCUCCUUCCCUCUGGAGCACUGGAUCCGAGCCGGAAUGCUGGUGCCGAGGCUCUCCGACUACCACGCUGCUCCCCAGUCUGGCUUGAUGGGGAAGUGCCGUCGACCCCGCACAGCCUUCACCAGCCAGCAGCUCCUGGAGCUGGAGAACCAGUUCAAGCUCAACAAGUACCUGUCCAGACCCAAGCGCUUUGAGGUAGCCACAUCGCUGAUGCUCACAGAGACACAGGUGAAGAUUUGGUUCCAGAACCGACGCAUGAAGUGGAAGCGGAGCCGCAAAGCCAAGGAGCAGGGGGCCCAGGCAGAUGCUGAGAAGCAACAAGGGCUCAGCAAAGCCUGUGAGAAGCUGCUGCCCAGUGAGCCUCAGGGACAAACUACUGAGAGCCCCAAGUUCAUGGGGCACAGCCCUGGCUCAGGCUUCCUGCACCGCAGCACCACCGAACUGGGCUACAGCCCUGACUCCUCCUGCUCGGGUGGUGAGGAGGAAGAAGAAGAGGAGGAGGAGGAGACAGGUGCCAUGGAGAGGAAAAUCAACUCUGUGUUGUGA